UUUAACUAGCCUUCUUAUAAACAAACACUACUUUGACAUUUGCAAGUAGAAGCAGAAAGCAGGAGAACUCAGUCUCAGCAACUCACAAGAGAGAAAGAACGAAAGAUAGAUGGAGUCAUUAGAUUGGUGUUUGAAUCUACCAAAGAUUGAACUACAUGCUCAUCUUAAUGGAUCAGUUAGAGAUUCUACAUUGCUAGAACUUGCUAGAGUUCUUGGAGAAAAGGGUGUCAUAGAUUUUAAUGAUGUGGAGAGUGUAAUUUCAAAAGAUGAUCGUUCUCUAGUUGAGUGCUUCAGAUUGUUCGAUUUAAUUCAUGCACUCACUACCGAUCAUGCGACCGUAACACGAAUAACAAAAGAAGUUAUUGAAGAUUUUGCUUCAGAAAAUAUUGUCUAUGUAGAGUUACGAACUACACCAAAGAAGAAUGAAGCUAUUGGAAUGACAAAACGGUCUUACAUGGAGGCGGUAAUAAACGGUUUAAAAUCCAUCGACUCAGUUGAUGUUGAUUAUAUUCCCUCUGGAAUGGCCCAACAGAAUUGUAGUACAACUCUGACUGGUGAUGCUAUGAGCAAUGGCACUGUGAGGAAAAAGAUUUAUGUUCGUCUUCUUCUUAGUAUUGAUCGUCGUGAAACUACAGAAGCAGCAAUGGAAACUGUUCAACUGGCAUUGGAAAUGAGAGACGUGGGAGUAGUUGGUAUUGACCUUUCUGGCAAUCCUGUUAUCGGAGAAUGGGCUACGUUCUUGCCUGCUUUGAAAUUCGCUAAGGAGCAAGGUCUUGCUGUUACUCUGCACUGUGGAGAGGUACCUGAUCGAAAAGAAGAAGUCAGUGCAAUGCUAGACUUUCUGCCCCAGAGGAUUGGCCAUGCUUGUUUUAUUAAAGGCGAAGAAAGGAUAAAACUGAAGUCCUCUAAGAUACCGGUUGAGAUUUGUUUGACGUCCAACAUCCGAACCGAACGCUUCCCUUCCUUAGAGUACCAUCAUUUCAUUGAUCUUUACAAAUCAAAGCAUCCUAUGGUUUUGUGUACUGACGAUACAGGGGUUUUCUCUACUACUCUUUCUCGCGAAUACAGCCUUGCUGCCUCUGCUUUUGGUCUUGGAAGAAAGGAAAUGUUUGAGCUGACCAGGAGUGCGACUGAGUUUGUUUUUGCUGACGAUGGAGUGAAGAUUAGCCUAAGAGAGAUAUUUGAUGCUGCUGCGAAGAAUUUUAAGUUAUGAGAAUAUCUGUCAUGUCAUAUAGUUGCAGAUAAUCAUUCAUCCAAUUUGUUGAUGUAUGUACUAGACUAGUAUAGUAAAGUCUAUUAACAAGGAAUCUGUUUCCAAGUACUGGUACUUAAAAGCUCAAGUUCUUAUGUUCUUAUGCCUGAAUUCUUACACUUGUUAAUGGUAAUUGGGGCUGUUUGUCAUA